AUGGUGCACCCUGAUGUUUUACCAAAACAAGUUUUUUCUCCGAAUGUCCAAGGAGUUGUCGUGAAGGCGCUAGAUGUUGGGAACCAAUUUAAAAAUGAGCAAGAGUUUGAAUCUCGUGAUCAAAUGCUUCAAUGUAUUCGUAUGGAGGCUGCUAAACUAGGAUUUGGUGUGGUUAUCAGAAGAUCCGAUAAUGGUUUGGAUAGAAGAUGCGCUUUUGUGACAAUGACGUGUGAAAGAAGCGAGAAAUGUAAAACUUCUCUCCGAAAUUUUAAAAGAGACGACACCGGUUCAAGAAAAUGUGAGUGUCCAUUUAAGGUGCAUGGUUACAUGUUGACAAACAAAAACUGGAGAUUUAAUGUGAUAUGUGGUUUUCAUAAACAUGAUUUGUAUGAAAAAUUAGUCGACCAUCCUAGUGUGUGUAGGCUCAUGCCGGAAGAGAAGGAAUGUGUUACUGACAUGAUAUUGAAUCUGGUUCAACCAAAAAAUAUAUGA